CUUUUCAAAGACGCAGUCAGUUUCUGCAUCAACAAAGAGAUCCUUUCCCUAAUGGCAACCAUUGUUAAGCUCUCUAUCACUCUCCUUCUCCUUACACUUCUCAGCAAAGGUGUUUGUGGUUGUGACUUGAACAAUAUAACAAUUGGAACAAUCAGGAGUGGGAACGAAAUAAAGGGACAGCCAGAAUGGAAUGUGAUUGUGGUGAACAAUUGUGAUUGUCCCAUGCAAAACAUGUUGUUGUUUUGCAAUGGUUUUCAGACAACUGAACCAGUGGAUCCAUCUAAUUUCAAGCCCGUAGGAGACAACCAAUGUAGUAUCAACAAUGGCGGUUCCAUAAAACCAAAGGAUACUGUCAAGUUCUCUUAUGCGUGGGAUCCUCCGUUUUUCCUAAGGCCAACUUCUGUUAUAGCUUCCUGCUGAAACUAGAAUUAAUCGAAAAUGAAAU